AUGAAGCUGUCAACUCUGGGACUUCUCCUUGGCGGCGCUCUUGCGUCUGCCAAGCAGCCAAAUAUCCUAUUUGUCUUGACUGACGAUCAGGAUUUGCACAUGAACUCGGUGGAGUACAUGCCUCUUCUCCAGGGCACAACAUUUGCAAAGCACUUCUGCACUGUGGCCAUCUGCUGUCCGUCCCGCGCAAACCUAUGGACUGGACAUGCUGCUCAUAACACCAACGUCACGGACGUCUCUCCGCCUUAUGGCGGCUUCCAAAAGGUCAUUUCCGAGGGCUGGAACGACAACUACCUGCCUAUCUGGAUGCAAGACGCUGGAUACAACACCUACUACUCCGGCAAGCUUUGGAAUGGCCACACCGUCACCAACUACAACGAGACCUUUGCCAAGGGAUUCAACGGCUCCGACUUCUUGCUCGAUCCGUACACUUACAAGUACUACGAUGCAGUCAUGACCAGGAACGGAGAAGAGCCUGUCAGCUAUGCCGGAAACUACUCUACCGACGUCAUCAAAGACAAGAUUCUUGGCUUCUUGGAUGAGGCUCUUUCCCACGAACGCCCCUGGUUCGUCGUUGCUGCCCCCAUUGCACCGCACUCGACGACGACCACGGACCCGGCAACAAACUCGACGUACUUUGACUUUGCCCAGUAUGCCCCUCGCCAUGCCCACCUUUUCAAGAACUACACGAUCCCAAGAGAUACCAGCUUCAAUGCCAAGGUUGAAGGCGGUGUCAGCUGGAUCAAGAACCUUGCUCCUCUCAACGCCUCGGUUAUCGAGUACAACGAUGAGUUCCAAAGGUCUAGGCUGAGGGCUCUUCAAGCCGUUGACGAGAUGAUUGAGGCGUUCGUGGAGAAGCUGGAUGAUGCCGGCGUCCUGGACGACACAUACAUCAUCUUCAGCACCGACAACGGCUUCCACAUCUCGCAACACAGGAUGACGCCUGGAAAGGAGUGCGGGUUUGACACGGAUAUCCACAUUCCCCUCGCCAUCCGUGGCCCCGGCAUUGCCAAGGGCGCCACCAUCGAGGCCGUCACCAGCCAUACCGAUAUUGCCCCUACGAUUCUCGAGCUUGCGGGAGCUCCUAAGCAGCUCGAUGGCAAAGUCAUCCCUCUUACGGCUGAGAAGGCCGAAAAUGGAACAUAUGAGCACGCCGCCAUUGAGUACUGGGGAAGGGCCUUGAUCGAGGGAAUCUAUUUCAACCCCGUCGGUUCCCGGAACAUUUACAACAACACCUACAAGGGCCUCAGGCUGGUUGGAGAUGAUUACAGCAUCUACUACAGUGUGUGGUGCACGAACGAAGCAGAGUUCUACGACGUGAAGACCGACCCUGGCCAAAUUUACAACCUGGCUUCCAAUGCUACCGCCAGCUCCAACUACCAGCUGGCCGGGCGUUCGCUGGGGCAGGUCAUCUCCCGUCUUGAUGCGCUCAUGAUGGUGUUGAAGUCCUGCAAGGGAAUCGCAUGCACGAAACCCUGGGCAGAGCUUCAUCCCAGCGGGAAUGUCCAGUCGCUUACCGAUGCUCUGAAUGCCGAGUACGACAGCUUCUACAGCAAGCAGCCGAAGGUGGCUUUCACAUCUUGCGAGAUGGGCUACCUCAUCAGCGCAGAGGGACCCCAGGAGUUUAACCAGUACAACGGCGCGAGGAUGGAGUCAAAAAUUGACGGCCGUGAGGUCUUCCUCUACGGAGACGACUGGCACUUCUACACGUAG